GAAAGGGAAGCCUCCUGCUGGCAGUCACACUGCCGGAGCCUCACAGAAGCCUCACUCGCAGAAAACACCCCCACAAACUGACUCGGGCCUGCACACGGAGACACAGUCGGCUGCCAAAUCCUAAUCAGCUUCCCUCUGAGUGACGCCUCCGUUUGCCAAAUUCAUCUCUGUUUUUCUAACACUGACAUGGAGCUCCAAAGUGUGCACAAAUCCUUUCACCACAGCCACCUGGGGGAGGAGAAGCACCAGAUGCUGAACCUGAACCGACGCCUGGAGACCUACCUGGGCCGGGUCAAACUCCUGGAGGAGGAGAAUGCACUGCUCGCCAAACAGAUCCGAGGCCUGAGGAGCAGCAAUCAGGGGGCAUCGGCGCAAAGGUGGGGCCUGGAGGAAGAGCUGCGGCGGGCGAGGCUGGAGGUGGACGCAGCCUGGAGGGACAGGGUCAACACGGAGCUGGAGGCGGGCAGGGUGGCCGAAGAACUCCAAGCCCUGCAGCUGCAGAGGCAGAGGGAGGCUCAGGCCCAGAUGGAGGCCAAGAGGAAGCUGGAGCAAAGCAGGAAGGAGCUGGAGGAGGAACAGCGGGCACAGAUGUGGCUGAGGGAGAAGGUCGGUCAGCUGGAGCACGAGAUGAGGCACCUGAUUCGAACCCAUCAGGAGGACGUGGCCCACCUGGAGGCCACGUUGAACCAGUCCAGAGCCACGACAGCCCCCACAUUGGCUCAAAGGGGCAACCAGACACCAAACCUCCUACAGCUGGGGCAAGAGUACUCCCAAAGGGCCACCAGGGCCUGGCAGGAGGCAGCUGAGGCCCAUCAGGGGCAGUUAGAUCGGCUCGAGGAGUCACUCAACCAGGCCAGGAGCCGUUUAACCCAAGUGGGUCAGGAGAAGAGCGAGAGCCAGCUGAAGCUCCGGGCCCUGGAGAAGGAGAUCGCGUCAGCUCACGACGUCAGGGUCCACCUGGAGAAGGCUGCAGCCCAGCAGGGAGACAGAUACAGCCAGGAGAUCCAGCACCUCCAG